CAUCGUGGAAGACUCGCCGUGCUUCAUAACUUUCUCAGCCUCCCUUUUCUCUGUUUAAGGCUAAAAGGUUGUUCCAUUUUGUGUUUGUUUGGAGAUAAAAGGCUUUGGAUUUUUUGAAGGGUUGUUUUUUCCUCUUGAAUGACUAACGUGAGAGGGGGCUGGAGCGCACAUAUUUUAAGCUUGUUUUUUUGUGAAUGGAGAGAGCAAAGCCUUGCGCGUGAGCAUCUAUCCCUUUCAAAGAACUGACCCUUUCCCACCUUGUUGGGGCAGGUGAUAUUGGUUCUGCCCGUGGACUAUGACAUUGGACUUGGAGCCCAUGGAAGAUUUUGUUAUUGACGUAGUAGGAGAGGGACUCAGGGAUAACGGAGAGGAGCAUCUCGUGUCCUUACCUUUGGAAGAGACGAGAAGCGCAGAGCAUGAACCCGAAACGUUUUGGUCUUCUAGUGGGCAGGAUGAGGAUAGGGACGACUACUCACCCACAUCGAAGUGUCCUCCAGGAGCAAAAAGUGGGCAGGAUGAGGAUAGGGACGACUACUCACCCACAUCGAAGUGUCCUCCUGCAGCAAGUACAAGCCCGGCUUCGAUAAAGCCUCCGUACUCCUACAUCGCCUUGAUAACAAUGGCCAUAUUACAAAGCCCAAAAAAGCGACUUACCCUCAGCGAGAUAUGUGACUUUAUCAGCCACCGAUUCGUUUAUUAUCGUGAGAAGUUCCCUGCCUGGCAGAAUUCCAUCAGACACAACCUUUCGCUCAAUGACUGCUUUGUCAAAAUGCCCCGGGAGCCUGGUAAUCCAGGGAAGGGAAACUACUGGACGCUGGACCCCAAUUCUUCGGACAUGUUUGAGAAUGGGAGCUUUCUGCGUCGAAGGAAGAGGUUCAAACGCCAGCAUUUUCGUUUCGGGGUGCUCAAGGAGCAAUCCCUUGAGCCCAGUGGCUUUCACAACUUUUAUGGUACUUAUGGACUCGGCACAGCGGGUCUUCAGCUACCCAGUUUGGAGAUAUAUCCAUUCGGCUUCCAUCACCAUGCGCACUCAUCAUGCGCUCCCACCAUCCCACCUGUUAGCAGCCUGCUACCGGCUUUGUCGAGCCUGUUUACCCGGAACACUUUCGCUGCCAAGGCUUUUCUUCAAUCACAACAGCCUGUUACUAUCGGGUCCUUCAAUCCGAGCCGCUAUGCCACCUUUUCUUCCGCUUUGACCUCCUGCGCUCCCUACGCGUCCCCUGCGCUGUUCCACUCCGCGGCGUCUCCACAUCUCGUCAGUUUACAUGAAGAAUAUCAGAAAUUACAAACUCAGCGCAGCACCUCUGACCUGGCUAAUGAGCAGUGCUUGUGAAUAUUUGAGUUGUGUUUCAGACUUUAAAUUGUGUAUUUGUAUCUCAGGUGAUAGAGAUUUUUGAAGCUCUUGUGGAAACACAGGUAUUUGGCAAAUGGUAAUUGGAUGGACUUUCUUGUUGAUCUAGGCCUAUUUGAAGAGUUCUUAAGCAUGCUGUAGAUGUAUGCCUUGCAUUGAUUACAUUUGUCAUAGCAUCUUGCGUUUUUCUUUGUAAAGUAUGAAAUUACAUUUGUUCAUUGAAAUGCAAAUAUUUAACUGACGAGUUUCCUUUUACAUUUGGAAAGAAAUAAAGUGAAUUA